AUGCCGAAUUUCGGAGAGAUCCCGCAAAUCAGCGGAUGUCGAGAUUUCGUGAAAGCGGGAGCUGAACAGGGAAUGACACCUUCUGAUGUCAUUCAGGCAGCGGAUAUUACCUUCUCCUGUGUGGCAGAUCCACAGGCGGCGAAAGACAUGGUCUUUGGUAACUGUGGAGUACUUGUGGAGAUCUCAUCAGCAAAAGGCUAUGUUGAAAUGACUGGCAUCGAUGCAGAAACCUCACAAGAUAUUGCAGAGGCCAUCAAUGCCAAGGGUGGACGUUACCUGGAGGCACAGGUACAAGGUAGCAAGGUGCAAGCGGAGGAAGGUACACUUGUCAUCCUGGCAGCCGGCGACCGUUCACUCUUCGAUGAAUGCCAGUCCUGCUUCAAGGCAAUGGGCAAGAACUCCUUCUAUUUGGGUGAGGUGGGUAAUGCUUCUAAGAUGAAUUUAGUUCUGCAGUUGAUGGCUGGUGUAACAUUAGCUGGUCUUGCAGAGGGAAUGGCCCUUGCAGAUCGUGCAGGUUUGCAACAAAAAGAUGUUUUAGAGGUGUUGGAACUGACAUCACUUGCAUGUCCUACAAUUUUGGAUAAAGGCAAAGCAAUAAUUGAUGGAGCAUUUCCAACACAUUUACCUUUGCAACAUAUGCAAAAGGAUCUGAAACUCAGUCUAUACAUGGGGGACCAGUUGGAGCAGCCUCUACCACUCACAGCCUCCACAAAUGAGCUGUUCAAGCAUGCUAAGCGCCUUGGUUAUGGAUCCCAUGAUGCCUCUGCGGUCUACAUUCGGGCGCGUUUCUGAGUACAUUAGGAGCUGCUCGCAACCACAUGAUUUUAUACAGUUUCAGAUGUUCUUUAUGAUGCACUCUUAUCAUUGGCAAAAAUCACCAGUUUUUUUUCAAUUGUGAUGACUUGAAUUGGUUCAACUGCCUAACAGACAGAAGUCAUACAUUAACUUGUAAAGUAUGUGUUAAAAUGAAUCUUUUCUACUGGUUAAGUAGGGAUCAUCAAUGUAAAUUUAAAGUCAUACAUUUUGGAUCAUGUUAUUUCAACUAAAGAAGAGAAAAAGAGUGAGGAACUCUAAAGAAAUGAUUUACUCGAUGUGCAUCUUAUAUUGUUUUAAGAGACGAGUUUCUGUUUGUGACGUGAUAACCACAUUUCUGUUCUCAAAGAAACAGUCAAAAAAAUUGAAUAUUUUUCUCAAUACUGAGAGAGGAUGCAUUUCUUUACCCAACAUCCCUAUUCCUCUGGAGCACUACCACAGUGGAAAUAUCAGCUUGGAGGUGAAUAAGGUUGAAAACAAUUUUAUUAAAAACAUUAUAAAGUGUUUUGCUAGUGUUAAAAGUUUAUUAAUUCAGUGCUGAACCCUUUUCAUGCAAACAUUAAAUUGAUUGCAUUUAUGAUUAAUGUUUUGUCAUGAAAGACAAGUCGCUUAUCUUCUGUAAUGGUAGGUUUCUGUUAAUUGUUGGCAUUAGGACACGUGCAUUAAAUUCACUCAUUUACUGUUAAAUGAGACAAAAAAUUCAUUUUUAUGGGUUUUACCCAUUUUGGUAUUAUGAAUAACUUUAAUGUUGAUGCCAUUUAUCAGAAUGUUUUAAAUGAGUGUGUUAAUUGUUUUGAAAAUUAGUGCUGUUGUUGAAAACUAGUGCUAUGAUCUUCUAAUUAACUGUGUUUGUAUAAAGUUUCUAUUAACGCUCGGUUAGAUUGCCAUAUAAAAUGUAUGACUAUGAUUGUACUUUGUAUAGAUAUUCAGUAAAUGAACAUGGAUUAAUAUUGGUAUUAUAUUUUGUGUGUCUCUGAAAUAUGUAUAUAAAAUGGUGAUUUUGUUUUGCAAUAUGAUUGCAAAAGGUUAAUAUUUGCAUAAUAGUUUUGUUUAUAAUUAUGACUUAGGGCAAACCUAGAAGAUUAUUUUAAAUAUCUUUCCAAAGACUUCUGAGAAAAUACAAAAUGAAAAUGUGUUGUAUGUAAUGUGAUGGCAAUAAUUCUUGUAGUUGGCAAUUGAUCCCACAAUUUAGAUAAAUUCAAGAACCUUGAAAAUUGGCAGCUAAAGAAGUUUUACAUUUGUUAAAUUUUUAUAUUCUCUUAACAUGUAUCUUUUGACAAAUUUCCAAGACUUCUGUUAGAAUGAUAAAAUGUUUUAAAGUGUGCAGGUGGAUGCUGCUUCAAAUGCUUUGACCCCAGAUUAAUUUUGGAGUUAAGAAAUCUUGAGUUCCAAGCAAAUGGGUGAAUUUUUCUUCACCUUGCGAAGUUGUGCAGUCACUUUAUAGAACUUUUAUGUACAGUUUUUGAAAUUCUUAUUUGCUAUCAUCAUGAAGUAGAUACACCAAUUACUUUGCUAUGUCUCUUAAAGAUAAUAGGUGCAGUAUUCAUAUAUUGAAUUCUUAGAAAUGGUGCCUACCUGUAUUCUUAUGAACUUGAGAUACUUCUCUUGAAGUUAUCAAUAAUGGAAUGGUUUAGUGUAAAUGAAAUGAAUCCUACCAUAAAGAUAAGCAACUUGAAAAUAUUUUAUAUGAAGCAUGAAAAGCGUAGGACUGGUUUGUGCCUGGGUCAAGGUGGGUUUACAUUUGGAAGUUGCUUGCCUUUAGAACCCUUCUUUUUGUAGGAAAAUUAUAUUUUAAAUUUUGUAUUUGUUUUAUUUGUGAAAAGUAAAAUAUAACUUUUGAUUCUAUAUCUUGGAAAAAACAUGUUGAAUCCUAUAAUGCAGUGUAAGCGAAUAGAUUUAGUACUUGUUAUCUCUGUAUUUGAGACAACUUUUUUAAGUGUGCAAUGAUUUUAUUAAUUAUACUUUUGCUGGAAAGAAGGAAAUACUGCCUUUUCUUAAUAAUGAAAAUUAUGAAUUUUUGAAAAUGCAACUUUAAUUUGGAAACAUGAUGGAUGUGUUACAGAUCAUAGUUUUUGUAGUAAGAGAUCCCUUUAAAUGUUUUUCAACUUGAUAUUUUUUUUCUCUCUCUCACUCCAAAUUGAGUACAAUGGAGUUUAUAUUAUGUGUUAAAAGAAAUGUUUUGAAGGAUGAAGCUUGCUAAAUAAUAGCAUAAUCAGUUGUCAUUGCAUUUUUUUUCUUUUUCUUUUUUCUCUUUUUUUUUUCAAUUUUUUUUUUUAAAAAUUUAUUUUUAUUUUACAUAGAAAUGGCAAUACAAUGUAACAUUUUUUGAUAGUACAAAGAAAAGCAUAUUUAUGAGCUUGUUAAACUCAAGUGAUGGAAAAGUAUGUUUCAAAGUAAUAUUCAAUAUCUCUGUUCCAUUUUUCUUUCAUUGUACUAUCUGAAGAAGCAUAUGAGGAUCUUAAAACUUUUCAACAUAGAAAUUUUUUGAUCUAAUGUUGAAAAUUACUGCAUUCCAAACAGGCAGUAGCUUCAUGCGAUUUGAAUGUGGGGUGUAGCUGUUCAUGUGCAAGAAUUCAUGAAGUACUUGCACGAGAAAUAUGUAUUUGUUACAUGUAGAGAAAAAUAAUAUGGCAGUAUAACUAUAAAUAAAUAAUAUUUUACCUACAGUUUUGUGAUAUUUACUAUAUUUAGAGAAAUUGUAGCAAAAAUAUCCAUUUUUCUGUGGUAAGUAGGGUGAAACUAUGAAAAUGUUUAGGGAC